AUGGAUUCCUUGCAAAACCUUCCCUUCCACGAUCACCCUUCGAACGUCGAGUCGUUCCAGACAUCCUCGAUUUCAAAUCAAUCUUUGAUUGAUUUAUUGAACGGCAAGUUGGCAGGCGGCGUUGACACGAUAGAACUUUUGCCGGAUCAGGUCAGGGAGAUAAUCCAGGGCCUUCAAGAACCGAAAAAGUUCCCGCCUACCGAUGAACCAGAAUCGAGCGCGACGAAGGAACUCACAGUUCUGAAGCACCAUUGCCGGCUAGGUGACUAUACGGGUCGCGUCUUCAACGACCGAAAGUUACACAAUACUGACGCCCCUUUACCGAAGCUCGCCACGGAACUGGUCGAACUCUUGGGAGAGGAGUAUGGCGCGUUCUUGGGCGAAUUCGGUACAAAAUUCUGUUCGCUAGAAAUUUCAGGCGCCUACAGCUAUUACCUAAGGUUUCCAGCUGCUGUAUCUGGCCUUUGGGGAGUAUUUCGGGCAGCGCCUCGAGAUCCAGAGAAAUUCGUUGGACCAGGACGUCCCAUUUCUCCACGAUCACAAGUUCUCCGGCUUCUCCAUGGCAGACCUGAUUCUGAGCAGCAUAGGCCUGUACCGCGAACUUGGCCAUCGCUGAAUCUAUGUCUCAUCUUGCCUGGUUCCUAG